AUGGGUUGCAAACUCAUCUCUCUUUUCCUUCUUACACUCCUCAUACUCACAAUCUUGUCCGAGGCCGACAAGGCAUUGGCUUCCGACAAGAAACCGCAAGUGAGCCACCGCAACAUAACGUCGUUGGCUGCCGCUGGAGAAGGAAAAGCGACGUUGAAAGGAAAGAAACAAACGUCUGGUUGUAACUUGUUUCAAGGGAAAUGGGUUUUCGAUGCUUCUUACCCGUUUUACGAUUCGUCCACGUGUCCCUUCAUAGACGGCGAGUUUGACUGUCUCAAAUUUGGCCGGCCAGACAAAGAGUUCCUCAAGUACUCUUGGCAACCUGAUUCAUGCACCAUCCCAAGGUUCGAUGGAGAGGCGCUUCUGAAUCAGUGGAGAGGGAAACGAGUGAUGUUCGUGGGAGACUCACUGAGUGAAAACAUGUGGGAAUCGUUGGGAUGUAUGAUCCAUGCGUCGGUACCAGGCAUCAAGACCACUUUUCUCAGACGUACCCCACUCUCCUCUAUCACUUUCCAGGAAUACGGAGUUACAUUACACCUAUACCGAACACCAUACCUUGUGGAUAUCUCCAAAGAAAAGGUAGGGCGUGUGCUUAACCUUGGAACCAUAGAAGGUGGUGCUGAUACUUGGAAAGACAUGGACGUUCUCGUGUUCAAUUCUUGGCACUGGUGGGUUCACAGAGGAGUCAAAUCCCAAGGGUGGGAUUUUAUAAGAAAUGGUUCUUCACUGAUGAGAGACAUGAACCGUCUUGAUGCUUUCAACUUUGGACUCAACACUUGGGCUCAAUGGGUUGAUCAAAAUAUUAAUACUUCGCAAACCCGAGUUUUCUUUCAAGGCAUUUCUCCUACUCACUACGUUGGAAAGGAGUGGAAUGAGCCAAUGAAAACUUGCAACGGGCAGAUGCAACCGUUGACAGGGUCAACAUACCCGGGUGGUCCACUUCCAGCAGCAAGCAUAGUGUCACGAGUGUUGAGCUCCAUGAAGACACCUGUUUACCUACUCGACAUCACAACUUUGUCUCAGCUAAGAAAAGAUGCUCAUCCAUCUACUUACGGAGGCAAUGGAAAAACUGAUUGCAGCCACUGGUGCCUUCCUGGCUUGCCGGAUACUUGGAACCAGCUUCUCUAUGCAGCUCUUUCGAUGUGA